AUGCCUUCGCCGCCCACAACCCUCCUCCCUCUCCUCUUAUUCCUCUUAUUCCUCCUUCCUUACCCAUGGUCCGACGCCGCAGAACCCCUCACAGACUACUGCAGCAUCAACAGGAAGGCCUCCCCGGCGGCCAAGACGAAUAUAGCGCGCGUGCUCACCUCCCUCCAGUCCAAGGCACCUUCGAAGGGAUUCGCCACCGCCUCGUACGGUGGCGGCAACGGGGACCGAGCGUACGGCCUCGCCCAGUGUCGGCCGGACAUUAGUCUCGUGGACUGUCGUGCUUGUCUCAAGGAAGCUCCCGCACGUCUCAACAAGCGUUGCCGCGGCAAGGCUGAAGCCUGGGUAUGGUUCGACCACUGCUUCUUGCGCUAUGACACGAGGGCCUUCCUGGGGAAGGUCGACACCGACUACGGCGCCUACAACCUCACCGAGGAUUACGUGAAUAUAGACCCGGCGGAGCAGCAGAGGUUUGACAGGGAGCUGGGGUCCCUGAUAGACAGAAUUCGGGCACAGGCUGCAUCACGGCUCCGCCUUGGGCUUGGGAAGGGUCAGACCAAGUUCACCCCCGACGUGACAAUCUAUGCGCUGGCGCAAUGUACGCGUGACCUGCCGUCGAAAGCGUGCUCCGAGUGCAUCUCCUUCGCGUUUAAAUAUUUUCCCGACAUAUGUCCCCACAGGAAAGGAUGCCAAGCUCUCUACAGAAGCUGCUACGUCCGCUACGAAACCCGUCCUUUCUUCUCCCCCUAG